AUGAAUACUAAUAACAAUAUACUACGAUUGAAUGUUGGCGAUGGCUCAACGCCCACUCUUGCAGAGAGCGAGUAUGAGGAGGAGGAGAAGUACAAUGAGAAAGUCGGUCUACGCCUGAGACUGAAGCACUUCACAUGGGCAUGGUUUCUCUCGUCGAUGGGCACCGGGGGCCUCUCCAUCGCUAUCGGAGUGACGCCGCAUAGAUUCAAUGGUCUUUACUACAUCGGCCUGGUCAUUUUCCUCCUCGAUAUCGCUCUUUUCAGCGUCCUAUGCGCCUGCACGAUAACCCGGGCAAUCCUGUACCCCACACACUUCAAACGCUCCUUCACGCACCCGCAAGAAUCCUUCUUCUUCGGCGCCUUCUGGCUCAGCAUCAGUGUCAUAAUCAGUAACAUCCAAGUCUAUGGCGUCACGCAGGGCCCUGCAUACCCCUGGCUUAUCGAUACCAUAUACGUGCUCUACUGGAUGUAUGCGGCGUGUUCACUGGUGAACAGCGUGUUUCAGUACUGGGUACUCAUCCAGUGGAGUAUCGUGCGCCCCAUUCCAUACUUACCGAGUAUCUUUCUCGCGGGCUACUCAGCUAUGCUGACGGGUACCAUCGCCUCCUUGAUUGCGGGCUCACAGCCACCACAUCGCGCGGUGGCGAUCAUCGUGUCCGGGUGUGCAUAUCAGGGCUUUGGGUGGUUGAAGUCCUGCGUUGCUAUUGUGGGGUACAUCAGAAAUAUCUUGGAUCAAGGGCUACCGGCUCCAUCGAAGCGGCCUGCCAUGUUCAUUCCCGUUGGCGCAUGUGCGUUUACCACUGUGGCGCUCAUGGGCCAGGCAAAAGCUAUCCCUUCGUACGGGUACUUUGCAGAACAUCCUUCCGCUGCGGAGAUGCUUCAAGUUUUGACGCUGUUCAUUGGCAUUUUCUUAUGGAUCUUUGCGUUCUGGCUAUUCUGCCUCGCAGUCCUCGGGAAUAUCAGUGUGGUAGGCAAGAUGCCUUUCUCAUUAGCCUGGUGGGCCUUUGUCUUCCCGAAUGUUGGCUUCAUGGCUGCUACCUCGAUGAUUGCGAAGGAACUAGGGAGUGAGGCGAUUAAAUGGGUUGCAAGUGUAAUGACGAUAAUUCUGGUAGCUAUGUGGCUAAUGGUUACGGUUGCGUGUAUCAGAGCGGUUUGGCAAAAGAAGAUUGCAUGGCCUGGACAGGAUGAGGACAAGGAUAGGUGA